AGCAUGAAGAUCUAGUCUCCGUAAUUUCCUUGGACAAGAAGAAGGAAAUCUGCCUGGGAAACCUGCACGUGUACAAGUUCCCGCUUCAUCCCCUCCCACUACCCAGAGGUCUCAGGGGUGCUGGUUCUGAUGUCUGAUACCCAGCGCUACUGAAAACAGCUCUGGGGGGACUUUGCAGGCCCCAGGAGGGAACUAGUGAAAGAUGGUCCUUCUGACUGUGACUGUGAGGGGAUCUGAUUAAGGGCCUGGGUCAACACCUUUGAAGGCACUUUCUGUGACUCCUCAACAUAUUGUCACCUGAGGAAACAUCCCAGACCCCUAUCACAACCCGGAAACAAAUGGCUGCUUCUCAGAAGUAUGGCGCAUGAUGAGGAAACAUUGGCAUCACAGGAACCGGUGACCUUCAGGGAUGUGGCCAUAGAUUUCUCUCAGGAGGAAUGGGAAUGCCUGGACCCAGCUCAGCAGAAAUUGUACCUGGAUGUGAUGUUGGAGAACUACAACAACUUGGUGUCCGUGGCUGUGCCACCUAAAGAUAACCAAGCCUUUAGGCCAAAGCCCGGAAUAGAAAAUUUAUUCCCUGAAAUAAUACUGAGUACACAUAAUGGAGCUAGCAAUUAUCAAUGGAUUGAACACUGGAACAACUUUAAGCAAGAGUCAUAUCUUAAUCAUCGGACAAGUGAGCUUGCAGAGGACCAUCAGAAAAGUGGAAAUGUCUUUGACCAAAUGUCCAGUCACAAUAUACGUCAGGUUAUUCGUAUUGUGAAGAAGACACGCCAAGGAAAUCAAUGUGUCCAUUCUUUUCAGCAGUCUUCAAAUUACAGUGGGCAAGAGAAUAUUCAUCCUGGGGAGGAGGCUUACAAAUGGAAUCUUUGCGGUAGAAUCUCCAGUCAAAUAUACAAUCUAAAUGGACAGGAAACAAUCCAUAGUGGAGAAAAACCUUAUAAAUGUAAAGAUUCUGGUAAAACAUCUAAUUGGCCUUCAGGUUGUACUCUAAAAAAGAGAAUUCGUACUAGAGAGAAGUCUUACAAAUGUAAAGCAUGUGGGAAAGCCUUCCAAUGUCGUUCGUCUCUUAUUGUACAUGAGGGAAGAAUUCAUGCUAAUGCAAAAUUUUACAAACUCAAGGAAAAUGGAAAAGGCUUUAGUCAGUCCUCAAGACAUACUCAACAUCAUAGAAAUCACAGGGGAAAAAAGACUUAUAACUGUUCAGAAUGCGGCAAAGCCUUUAGCUUACCCUCCACCCUUAUUCUUCAUCAAAGAAUUCACACUGGAGAGAAACCUUAUAAAUGUAGAGAAUGUGGUAAAGCAUUCCUCCGCGCCUCAAGCAUGAUUCGACAUCGGAAAGUUCAUACUGGAGAGAAACCUUACCAAUGUAGCGAAUGUUUGAAAGCCUUUAGACAGUCCUCCUCCCUUAAUCGUCAUCAGCUUAUUCAUACUGGAGAGAAGCCUUAUAAAUGUACAGAAUGUGGCAAAGCGUUCAUUGAGUCCGCAGCUCUUAAUCGACAUCGGAGAGUUCAUACUGGAGAAAAGCCUUAUAAAUGUACAGAAUGUGACAAAGCCUUUAGGCGUUCCUCAAGACUUCGAAUUCAUCAGAGAAUUCACACUGGAGAGAAACCUUACAAAUGUAGAGAAUGUGGCAAAUCCUUUAUCAGCCAUACAGGUCUUAAUAAUCAUCAAGGUGUUCAUAAUGAAGAUAAGCUUUAUAAAUGUAGAGAAUGUGGUAGAGCAUUCCUUCUUGCCUCAAAUAUGAUUCGACAUCAGAAAGUUCAUACUGGAGAGAAACCUUACAAAUGUAGAGAAUGUGGCAAAGCCUUUAGUGAUUCCUCCUCCCUUCAUAGACAUCAGACAAUUCAUACUGGUGAGAAGCUUUACAAAUGUAGAGAAUGUGGCAGAGCCUUUGGGCACUCCUCAUCCCUUAGUUAUCAUCGUAGAGUUCAUACUGGAGAGAGGCCUUACAAAUGUAGAGAAUGCGGCAAAGCCUUCAGGAAAUCCCAAACUCUUACUGACCAUCAGAAAACUCAUACUGGAGAGAAGUGUCAUGAAUGUAGAGAAUGUGGCAAAGUCUUUAGCCGGGCCUCAGAACUUACUUUGCAUCAGAGAGUUCAUACUGGAGAGAAGCCGUAUAAAUGUGAAGAAUGUGGCAAAACCUUUAGACAGUCCUCACAACUUACUUUGCAUCUGAGAGUUCAUACGGGAGAGAAGCCGUAUAAAUGUAGAGAAUGUGGGAAAAGAUUCAGUGCGACACAGUCUCUUAAUUAUCAUCAGAAAGUUCAUACCAGGGAGAAGCCUUAUAAAUGUAGAGAAUGUGGCAAAGGAUUCAGUGCGGCACAGUCUCUUAAUUAUCACCAGACAAUUCAUACUGGGGAGAAGCCUUAUAAAUGUAGAGAAUGUGGCAAAGGAUUCAGUGUAGAAAAAUCCCUUAUUCAUCAUCAGAGAGUUCAUACUGGAGAGAAGCCUUAUCAAUGUAAUGAAUGUGGCAAAGAGUUUAGGCGUUCCUCAAACUUGUCUAGGCAUCAGAGAUUUCAUACUGGAGAGAAGCCUUAUAAAUGUAAUGAAUGUGGCAAAGCCUAUGCCUAUUCCUUAUCCCUUUCUCGUCAUCAUAGUGUUCAUAGUGGAGAGAAACCUUAUAGGUGUAAUGAAUGCGGCAAAGCCUUCAGUGACUCCUCUACCUUAACACACCAUCAAAGAGUUCAUACUGGUGAGAAGCCUUAUAUGUGUAAUGAAUGCGGCAAAGCCUUCAGUGAGUCCUCUAAAUUUACACGCCAUCAAAGAAUUCAUAGUGGUGAGAAGCCUUACAAAUGCAAACAAUGUGGCAAAGCCUUUACCCGGUCCUCAAACCUUACUAAUCAUCAGAGAGUUCAUGCUAGAUAGAAGCCUCAGAAAUGUAGAUAAUGUGGCAAAGUCUGCAGGCAUUCCUCAGGCCUUCCUGCUCCUCAGAUAACCCCUACUUGAGAGAGUCUUCAUGAAUGUAGAGACUGUGGCCACGCCUUUUGCCAGUCCUCACCCUUUAGUAAGCAUCAGAGAGUUCACACUGGAGAGAAGCCUUACAAAUGUAGAGAAUGUGGCAAAGCCUGCAGGCAUUACUCAGCCCUUAUUUCCCAUUUCAGAGUUCAUACUGGAGAGAAGGCCUGUAUGUGUCGAAUUUGUGUGGAAAAUGUGGCAAAUCCUUUGACAACCCCUCAAAACUUUCUCCACAUCAGAGAGUUCAUACUGGAGAGAAGUAUUAAAGAUUUGAGGAGAGUCAUAAGUCCUUUACCAGCAAUUAGUACUUACCAAACUCACAGAAUUCUAAAUGGGAAGAAGCCUUCUGAAUGUAAAACAUGUAGAAAACCCAUUAAAAAGCAAUCUUUUAUUGCUGUACAUGAGAGACUUCAUAGUAAAGAGAGAACUUAAAAUUGUACAGUAUGUGCAAGAGCCUGUACCCACAGCUCAACUUUACUGAAUAACCAAUGUUUAUAGUGGAGGAAAGCCUUUCACUGUAGAAAAUGUGAGAAAGCACUGACUGACAUUUCUUGGUGGUUUAGCUUUGACCUAUGAACCACAAUGUCUGUGCAGUUCCCUGGCUGGGCAUAAGCCCUGGUUGGAGACUCAAUCUCCAGUGUGGGGCAUACAGGAGCUAGCUGAUCCAUGAUUCCCUCUGGUCAUUGAAAUUUCUAUCGUUCCCUCUCUUUUCCUCUCUGAAAUCAAUAAAAAUAUAUUUUGAAAAAAGAAAA